AUGUCUUGUUAUUACUGUUAACAAAGUCCCACCCCUUCUGAUAAGCUAUAAAGUGAGAAUGAAACAGACUCAUUAAUUCAUUCAGCUCCUGAUCAAAGAUGGAUCUGCAAAUCUCAGUUUUUCUUCUGUUCUUUCUCUUCACUGCAGGACAUGCUCUCAGAUGUUAUGAGUGUAAUGAUUUGACGGGUUCUUGUGCGGAUAAGAAGGAGAUAACUUGUGAAGGUGAAUCUUCCAAGUGUAUGAGUUUAACAGCAGUGACACCAAUAGGUAACACUAGUCCUACAUUAAAGGUUAAAGGUUGUACUUUACCUAAUAACUGUCAAACCAUGUCCUACAACUUUGGCAGUGCAAAGAUGUCUUCUUUCUGCUGUGAUACUGACCUUUGUAAUGCCCAGGAUUCUUCAGGUUCCAUCUCCAAUGGAAUGAAAUGUUACUCUUGUGAUGAGGAGAGCUGCUCAAACACAGUGAGCUGUUCGGGGAGUGAAGACCGCUGCAUUACAGCAACAGGGAGUUUCGGAGGACAGUCAGUGGGUGUGAAAGGCUGUGUCUCUAAAGCCAUUUGUGAUGCCACAACAUCGGUUCCUAAUGUUCAGGAUGUCUUAUGUUGUUCAGGGAACCUAUGUAACGGUGCUCAGAGCGUCACUCAGAGCUUCCUGUUCCUCUGCUGUUCUCUGCUCUCCUUCAUCCUGCUGCACUGAAUCCAGCAGAUCUUCACAUUCUAAAGCAGCAGCAAAGACAUGCAUGCGUUGAUGUACAAAAAUAC